AUGGACAACGUCGACAUCGGCUUCGGAAAGCAGAAUGUCAUCGAACUCGGAGACGUCGGUCUCAACAUCAGCUUCGAGAAGCAGAGUGUCGUUGAUCUCAGAGACGUCGGUCUCAACAUCAGCUUCGGAAAGCAGCAUGCCAUUGAGCUAAAAAGGCCAUCUUCUCGUCCGGCUUUCGGAAUCUUCACACAAGCGUGGUCUGAACCAGACCGGUUGCGCGAUCUCGGAGCUGAAGGCCGGACCAUCAAGGAGAGAUUUGGGAAUGAAAACACACAACUUCAAGACUGGCAUGAGGAGAAGCUCCAGUCACACGAGAGUGGGCUGGAAAACGUUUUCGAAGUGAAGCCGGAAUCUCACAUGGACCAGGUGACCAGAUGGAUCACAAAUCUUGCAAGGCCGACUUCGCGAAGGGCUGAGAGGAGGAUGAACAACCAUGAAAAGUCCGGCGGCGAGGACUGCGCAGCAAUUCACCAGCACAGAUACAAUACGUUGGAUCAGCAAGACGCAGAGUGGAGCCGAGCACCAUGA